AGCUAUCUGUCGAAAGAGGGGUUACUCCGCCACCACAGUACUAGAUGUGAGUAUUUUCAUUUCUAAGUGAAGUCCUCAGAGAUUCCACCCAUAUCACCCUAACGAACAACACCAUUGCUUCGCUCAUUGUUAUCUCGAAAUUAAAACACCCUAACGCAUCGUCCAUACCUCUCAGGUAAUGUAUGGCGAGGUUGUUACACCACACUCUACCUUCCUAGCAAUAUAUGACCUAUUUGCUACCUACGAGUAGCUCUUCGUUUACUCUAGAGGCCGUCAGUCCAACAUCAGCUUCAAAAGCUUGUUUACUACAAGAUCAGUCAUCUAGGUAUCACUCAGUGAUAUUUUGCUUUGAACUGGUCAUCAAUGUGAAGAUGAUGCUCUACGAGCUUGAUCCCAACUUAGACCUAGGCGUGUCUAAACUUGGGGAUAUCCAUGCAGACAUUGUACUAGUUCACGGCCUAAUGGGAGAUUACGUCGAUACCUGGAAGGCUGAAGACGAUACAGUUUGGCCGAGAGACCUCCUGCCACAAGCGCUCCACAAGCAAGCCGGACUUCGCAUUCGUGUCCUAUCGUUUGAGUAUGGCGGGUCAAUUAUGGGCACUAGUAGUCGAGCUGGGAUUGAUGACACUGCACAUAAUCUGUUGCAAUACCUGUACGACAAGCGAGAGGACCAGCGCGAUAAGUCUAGGCCUAUUAUCUUCGUGGGCCAUAGUCUCGGGGGUGUUAUUAUCAAAAGGGCAAUCCGAAUUGCCUAUAAUGAUUAUAGAUUUAGAUCUAUCAAGAAGUCAAUCUUAGGUGUUAUAUUUUUUGCGACUAUGCAUAGGGGUACUAGACAAGAGUACGCGGUAUUUUUGCAGGACGUGCUAAAAUGCCACAGUCAGAUCAAGAGAGAUAGAUGGCCGGUAGUAGUUAGAUCCCCUUCUAAAGGCAUGUACGAAGAGAUUAAGAAAACCCCUGAGGUGUUCGAGCCAUUCUCAAAGGACUUUAUUCCACUGUUCCACAAGUUAAGCCUUGAGACUUUCCAAGAGCUACAUAUCAAGAAGCCGCUACUUGACGCAUUAGUCGUCAAUAAAACGCUGGGAUCGCUCACCGCUGAGAGACCAGCGUGUAUAGAGAUAUCAGGAGACCAUCUCAGUCUUUGCAAGUUCGAAAAAGAUCAGCCACAAGGGACGAUGUUCCAUAUAGUUGAGAAACGGAUCAGGGAGAUGAUUACAAACUCACCUUGGCAGAAAGAAAAUCGCCUCAAGGCGAUCGAUUUGCUGUGUUCCGACACGCUUUGUCAAUCUAUGAUGAUAAACAAACUGGCGAAUGGCACAGGGCAGUGGGUUUUUAAUCGACCGCAGUACCAGAUGUGGUUGGAUAUGAAAUUGACAAAGCCAAGGCUAUGGAUCACGGGUGAGCCGGGCUGUGGGAAAAGUUACCUCGCCAAGAAUGUCGUUGAUAAGCUCCGUGAGAAGGACGAGCCGGUCAUUUGCGCUUUUCUGCGUGAGCCGGGUCCGACAGUCGAUCUGUGGCAUCUGAUGUCCGAGAUUCUUCAGCAAGCUCUAGAAAUUGAGCCUAUGCUACCCCGCCAACCACCUUCAUCUCAAAAGGUUGGUAGUAUACGGAGUUUAUUAAUCAAUGCUCGGAACCAGGUCCUAGCCGCUGGAUCGCAGCGGAAUGAAGAGUCACAUCCGACAGAGAACAAUUUGCAUGGUCUACUGGCCUCAACUAUUCGGCAAGUUCUUGUAGAGAUAACACCAGAGUCUAUUGAUACAUACCUUCUGCCUAUAUUAAGAUCGGAGAAUCCAUCACACAGUUUAAAACUGAAUCGCCUACAAGAACUCUGGCCAAAGAUCAUGGCCAAAGCGCUAAGUAAGUGCCCCGUGUUAACAGUCGUAAUCGACGGUUUCGACAAAAUGGAAAGGCAAGACCAAAAGACAUUUCUCGACAUUCUCACGAAAUUUGGGAUUGAAUGGCCAAUACGGGGCAGAUUUCGGCUACUCUUCUUAUCCAACGAUUACUCCGCCAUUCAUUCAGACCUUAAGGAAUACAAAUUUAUCCGGUAUCUUAUUGAUAAAGCAGAAGAUACCGGACCAGAAAUCAAGGCGAGCGUUACACAGCGCAUAGAUUUACUUAGCAGGAUCCAUAGGUAUACUCCUAAGAUGCGGAAAGCGAUAGAAGAAGGGGUACCUAAAGCGUCUUCGGGCGGAUGUGAUGCUUGGGAGUUUGAAGCGCACGAAAUACGACGAAAGCACCUUGAAGGAACUAUUAGGAACUCAACUACAGAGAAAUACGCUACAGAGCACUGCGGUUCUCUAUGAUCAAAUACUAGGGCAUAUAUGGGCUGAUAGGUCAACAAGGAGAU